AAUACAUACAUAAUUCAAAUUUCACACAUAUAUAUAUUAUUCAAUUAUAUAAAUUGAUCAUUCAAUUCACAAUUAUUUCCAUCGUUACAGUAAAGUGCAUAAUCAUGUCAUCCUCUCUCAAUUACAUUUUUCUCGUAAAGCCCUUUAAGUUCUUCAUUCUCCACGACUUCCAUGAUCUUCUCCCCAAAAUGCCCCUCCUCGAUCGAUUUACCUUCCUCAUUGUUCAUUUAAUCGAUAGGGUGGGGUUAUGGCACAGGCUCCCGGUGUUCUUGGGUUUGAUAUACCUGGUUCUCCGGCAGAGCCUUCACCGCCGCUACAACCUCCUCAACGUCGGAGACAAGCCGCCGCUAAGAGACGGCGCCGCCGGAGACGGCGGCGCUGGGGCCUUCUUUGGGAGGAACCUCAUGCCGGUUUCUCAGAAAACUACUCUAACAAGGCCAGACCCAAUGGUGGUGGCAUCAAAGCUCCUGUCGAGAAGGAAGUUCAUCGACACAGGGAAGCAAUUUAACCUAAUAGCAGCCUCCUGGAUUCAGUUCAUGGUCCACGAUUGGAUCGACCAUUUGGAGGACACUGAUCACCCCCAGAUCGAACUGAAGGCACCUGAAGAAGUUGCCAGCCAGUGCCCUGUAAAGUCCUUCAACUUCUACAAGUCGAAAGAAAUUCAAAUCAAUACCCAUGGCGACGACGAUGCAAUCAGCUCUGGGUUUCUGAACCGCCGGACGCCCUGGUGGGAUGGGAGUGCAAUAUACGGCAACGACACAACGACGAUGCAGAGAGUUAGAACUUUCAAAGACGGAAAACUGAAGCUCUCCGGCGACGGUCUGAUCCCUCUCGAUCAGAAUGGGAUUCCGAUCUCCGGCGAUGUUCGCAACAUAUGGGCCGGCCUCUCGGCGCUGCACUCCCUCUUUGUCCAGGAACACAACGCAGUCUGCGAUGCACUCAAGAAGGAGUACCCAGACCUGAAAGACGAGCAGCUCUACCGCCACGCACGGCGGGUGACGGCGGCGGUGAUAGCCAAAAUCCACACUAUCGAUUGGACGGUGGAGCUUCUCAAAACCGACAUGCUGCGCGCCGGAAUGCGAGCCAAUUGGUAUGGAUUGCUGGGGAAGACGAUCAAGGACAGAUUCGGACAUCUCGGAUCGUUCUUCCUAAGUGGAUACGUAGGUAUAGGUCAGACGAACGACCAUGGAGUUCCAUACUCGUUGACUGAGGAAUUCGUCACUGUUUAUCGCCUACACUCGCUCUUACCCGACACCUUCCAGCUCAGAAAUACCGACGCUGCUCCGGGACCAAACAAAUCCCUUGCCAUGGCGAAAGAAAUUGGUAUGGAGGAGAUGAUCGGAAGGGAAGGAACAGAUAACUUGUCGAGAAUUGGGUUAACGAAGCAGAUAGUGUCGAUGGGUCACCAAUCUUGCGGCGCACUCGAGCUCUGGAACUACCCCGUCUGGCUCAGGCGUCUGAUUCCCCAAAACACCGACGGCUCAGACCGCCCGGCGCCGGUGGACCUCGCCGCCCUGGAAGUUUACAGGGACAGGGAGAGGAGCGUUGCGAGGUACAACGAGUUCCGGCGAUCUCUGAUGCUGAUUCCGAUCAGGAAGUGGGAGGAUCUGACGGACGACGCGGAGGCGGUGGAGACUCUCCGGCAGGUGUACGGCGAGGAGGUGGAGGAGCUGGACGCUCUGGUGGGGAUGAUGGCGGAGAAGAAGAUCAAGGGGUUCGCGAUCAGCGAGACGGCGUUCAUCAUCUUCCUGCUGAUGGCUCCCCGGCGGCUGGAGUCGGAUCCGUACUUCACCGGCGAAUUCAACGAGGCGACGUACACGAAGAAAGGGCUGGAAUGGGUGAACACGACGGAGAGCCUCAAGGAUGUGCUGGACCGCCACUUCCCGGAGAUGGCGGCCAAGUGGAUGAACUCCGGCAGCGCAUUCUCCGUCUGGGACGCGCCGCCGGAGCCGUACAACCCCGUCCCGCUCUACCUUCGCCUUCCCAAAUGAAACUCUAAAGUCUCAAUAUUAUUUAAUUUGUAUUUAUACAUAAUUAAUUUAUGUUGUUUGUUAAUCUUUUCUAUAGAAUUAAUUACAUAAUUUACAUGUAUUGUUGUAAGACGUGUCUAUUACUCUUUCAAUCUCACUAAAAUUAUAAUUGAGAUAAAAUAUAAUUAGGGUGUGUUUGUUUGAAG